AUGAAGGCUUUGCUGGCCCUAGUGGUUUUCGUCAUUCUUUUUUGUAUCACUGCUGUGGCAACUAAAACAGAUAGUGUAAAUCCUUGCAAACGGCAACCUUUUCGAGGUCGAUGUCCUUUCACUAAAGGCAAAAGUCCAACACGUUCACAAUUUGUGCUACGAUAUUAUCUCAGGGACAAAGAAUGCGUUUCUUAUCCUUUCGGACAUUGCGCAGAUGAUGAAAAUGAACCGAUACUGUACAGAUACAAGGAGGAAUGUGAGAAGGCCUGUCUCAACGAGUCGAACAAUAGCGAUACUGCAACUGAAAAUGCUCAUAUGAUAGAAAAAUCAACAAGUUCUUUAAGCAAUAAAAUUACUGAUAGUGAUACUGAUAUUGGUACUAGCACUGAAAAACAGGUCAGUACUACGUCGGAACCAUUUUUUGAGAACACUCAUACAAUUUCAUCACAACGAGCUGCAUUUGCCGUUCAAAAGGAUACGCCUCACAAAUUACUUACUGAAUGUGAGAGGCGCAGACAAGCAAGUGAAUCAGGUCUUAUCAAAAGUGAUUUUAUUCCAAUUUGCACCGCUGAUGGUUCCUUUCGACCACUGCAGUGCGUAACGAAAGGAGAGAAAUGUUUUUGCGUGGAUCAUAAUGGUAUUAAAAUACCGAAUUCAGAGUUCAAUGGCACAAUGAAACCGAACUGCAAACAGAUUAUAAAAGUACAGAAACCAUUAAUCAAUGAAUGCUUGUCAGCGGUGGAUUCUGGACCAUGUAGUGCAGCGUUCGCAAGAUGGUAUUAUGACGAUAGUGAACAACAAUGUGUUCAAUUCGAAUAUUCCGGUUGCGGUGGUAACGGUAACAAUUAUCUGACCAGAGUAGAAUGCGAGAAACAAUGCAAACCAGCAGCAUACAAUAAAGCGAAAUGCAAAGAUGGCUUGGAACCAUUGAGGAAUGAAAGCGGUCAAUUGGUCAACUGUAAAGAAAGUGCAUGCCCUGAUGGUUACUUAUGCUCCAUUGCGCAAUUAGGGUCAACUUGUUGCCCUAUCAGUACUUCUAGCAAUGUCGCAUCCGAUAUUUGUCAACUUCCAAAGGAACGGGGUCCUUGUGAUCAGUUUGAACUGAGAUUUUAUUACAAUAAUCGUCUUGAUGAAUGUAAAUAUUUUUUCUUCGGCGGAUGUGAAGGCAACGCAAAUAAUUUUGAACGGGUAGAAGAAUGUGAACGUAUUUGCCGACAACGUGGAGCAAAAGUUUCUGCAGUAUCGAUAGUAUCAGCACCUCAGCUGAUUACGUCGGGUCCACAGAUGAGAAAGCUUAGCAAAGAAUUCGGAACAAAAACUGUCAAAAAAACUAAAAGCGAGGAGAACGAACUGGUGGAAUUGAUUUCUAGCGUUACUUCAGAUAGAGAUGAUAAUAUAAGCAGUAUUUCGGAUGUCAUAGAAAACAUCGAUGCUGAUGCCAGUACUAAUGAAGCUAUUUCGGAAAUCACAGAAAUAGAUACCAGUUCGGCGACUGUACCUCAUGAUCGCCCAACCACAAGUAAAGAUUUAUCUGCUACCAAUACUGAUCAAAGUAAGCUACAUCUGUCUCAAAAAAUCAAUGAAGAUGUCCAUAAGAGCAGGCAAAAGGAAACAAAGACACCAUUGAAUAGUAGUAAUAUUGAUAUAAUAACUGAUUUCACAACCCUUGAACAUGAGACUACAAUUUCGACAUUUGACAAUUCCGAGAAAUUCAUCGCUUCCAACAAUGAAUCUAAUAGAAAUGCGAAAAUCUCAAACGAAUCAGUUGCAGUUACUGGUCAGCAACUAUCCAACAGAAAACAGGUCAAAAUGUUUUCAUCGACAUCAGAAAUAACGACGACACGCCAUCCUAGUACAACAACUGGUAGAGAAGAAAGAUUAUCCAACAAAUCAAAACCAUCAUCUACUACACCACCAUCUACUACACCAUCAUCUACUACACCACCAUCUACUACACCAUCAUCUACUACACCAUCAUCCACUUCUUCAAUUUCUUUAUCUUCUAGUACUACCGUUACUUCACGAUUGACUACAUCUUCAGCAACGGAAUCAUCAGUACCACAACCAACUGAAAGUAGUGAUCGAUGUUUCCAAAAACUUGAUCGAGGCACUUGCACUGGACAGUUUCUUCGAUGGCAUUGGGAUUCAGAACGAAAUACUUGUCAGGUAUUCACUUACUCCGGAUGUGGCGGAAAUGGGAAUAACUUCCGUAACCGAGAAGAUUGCUUUGCUGCGUGCCAUAAACCUCCGCAGCCAAUAUCCAAUAUCGGCAAUGUAUGCGAGCAUAGUAUCCAUCCCGGUGAUUGUACUGGUGUCUUCCAAAGAUUCGCCUUCGAUUCCACUAUCGGAGAUUGUCGACCAUUUACAUAUACUGGCUGUGGUGGUAAUGGGAAUAAUUUCGGAAGUUCCUUGGAGUGUCGCAAUAAAUGCACUACACAUAGACCAACUCUUUCAACAAAUAUCUGCGAACAUCCAAUCGAAGUAGGCGAAUGCUCGGGUGUUUUCCCGCGAUUCGCAUAUGAUUUAGCAGCUAAUGAGUGUCGACCAUUUACAUACGGUGGUUGCGGCGGUAAUGGGAAUAAUUUCGGGUCUAUAGCUGAAUGCAAGGAAACGUGUAUUCAAGGGCAACCGAAUGUAUCAGUGCAAUGUCCCGCGGUAGAUGUAUCAUUGUGUGUAGAGCCGUGUAUUUUGUUCUCGAACCGCCGUGGCUGUCAUGAGUGCACAUGUCCGGUGGCACACUCUGCAUCGACUUCUUCUGCGACAACGUCUGGCACAUCACCCAUAGAUGAAUCUAAAGCUCUCGAGGCUGAACAAUUUAUUCAAAAUAAAGUGCAAAAGAAAGACGAAUCAACGGCUCAUCCAGAAAAGAUCUCUCCAACAAAUUCCGUAGCCGAAUUGGGUGAAAAAUGUUCACAGCCCAUGGACGCAGGGCCAUGCAAAAACUUCAUCGAACGUUGGUUUUUCGACAUAGAGAGUGGUCUAUGCCAAUCAUUCCAAUAUGGCGGUUGUGCUGGCAAUCGAAAUCAUUUCUUCUCAAAGUACGAGUGUGAGAUUCAUUGCGCCCGAUUUUUCAAUAGACGCACAGGCCGUAGAAGAAUAGUAGCCUAUCAAAAUGCCUUACACGCGCGACAUGACACUAUCGAGCAGUUGCAAUCAGCCGAAAUACUAAACGAGUCUGAAUACGAAGAUAUCACUGAUAAUCAAGAAAGCCCUGCAUAUCGUUCUUCCUUAAAUGAUCUACCGUCGCCUAUGAAAGCAAAUUCCUGGAAGCAUGUAGCUGAAUCUGAUCCAGAAAAUGGAAGAUAUGCCGGAGUAAAAUUGGAAGGCGAUACAGAAUUAAAUGGUUUGCAUUCCCUGCAACAUGGUAGUGGUAUAGCAAUGCAGAAUGAACACCUUGAUGCUAUGAUAUCUCAAAACUUUGCAAAAAGUUCUGCAAGAGAGCAGCAACCUUGGUCCGUUUCUCUGGAACAUAAGGUAGAUAUUUUGGUACCAGAUAGCAACACUCAGCACCAAACUAUUGUCGAUGACGAUAAACAGAUAUCGACGGAAGCCACUAAACAGCAAGACGUACACCGCCAACAAAUUGAUGACAAAACAGUCUUCAGCAAAGUUCAAAAUGAUGCUUCACAGAUGAUCAGUAAUGCAUCAAAAUCCGAGAUUAUACCAGUUCAGAAAGUUAAGAUGGACACUCAUAUGAAAUCUACCUGUAAAGACGUUUCGACAUCGAUGAAUCUCUCUGAGUGGAAUAGAGAAAACUCAGCCCUUCAACAGAAUCAAUCCCAGAGCACGACUCAAAAAAUUAAUGUCUUGCAAAUUCAACAGCAGAAUGGAUUGUUGCAACAGAUAUUACCGCAACAACAGAUAUUACGACAUGAUACGCAAUACGAGAAAAUAGAAAAUAUUACUUCAUUAAUUUCAAACCUGCUCGACAGUCAGAUUGCAAAUCAGACGUUUAUAGAUUAUACUACCACACAGAAUUCGAAAACGUCAAGCGAUGAGCAAAUAACUGGGAUGAUAACGAAUGAUCGCGAGAAAGAGCUUAAGAAAAGGAUAGAAAAUACGAUAAUUAAUAAAGCACUAAUUAGCAAUAGCAUAUUCGAUAACUUAGUGAGUGAUGGCUACAAAAUCCCUAUUGACCAAAAUGGCGGAAGAUUGAUUUCGGAUGAAAUAGCAACAUCGAUGAAUUCGUUUUCUCCAAGAUUUGAAGCUAAGAAUGAGAUUCAUAUGCAGGUGAACAGCGUAAAUGAGCCUUUGAAGAAACACAAUCGAUCAGCCGAGGUCACUAACGGUUCUAGCAGCAGGAAAAUUAGCUCUCAAUUUAUAAAUACUCAAUUACCUCACAAAGAAUAUGACAAUGCAGUCACAGUUGCUAAAGAUACGGUGCUGAGACAGAGUAACCGUGAUUCCGUAUUACGACAUCACGUUCGUAUCAUCAAUCGCGGUUCUGUAUUGCAAGCGUUUUCUUCAUUAUCACCAUUGUCAUCAAAUUCACCACCUCUGUUAUUAACUUCAUCGCUACCGACUUUAUCGCCAACAAUUUCAUCACCAUCUUCAUCAACUACACCACCGUUAAUAUUAUCAUCAUCAACUUCAUUGCUCUCAUCAUCAUUGUCAUCGCCGCUAAUUCCUUCCGAAGCUCAUCUUAACAUAUUUGAAGAAAUGUCCCACCGUAGUAUACCAGAUAAGAAUGAAAGUUUUAACGGUGAGCUCAUCGCACUGAAGUAUUCUACCUUUAUUUGA